AUGCAACCAAACGACAAUCCUCAGUUAUCAAUGCCCAAUCCUCCGGCGCAAUCAUCAAAACGUCACUUACUCCAGGACCAGGACCCUUGCGUGGAUAACUUCAAACGUCAACGGACAAACAUCGACAAAUCAACGCCUGAAUUGACCUACAGUGACGUUACUGAAACCCAAGGGUCCAGUUUCACACUGGAUGAGAUCCUUCAGUCCACCAACACUGACAACCCGGAAUCCCGUCAAACUUCCUUCGCCCCCUCUCCACGAGAACCCCAAGACCCUUAUGACGACCCUUUUGAUGAUCUGGAGUUAGAUCAAUACUUGGAGAGCCUCACUGGGCCCAUCUCCAUUGAACCCUCAGCGGCGACAGUGUAUUUGGACGACGCAGAUGAAUACGGUUUGAAACAAUCUGACGAGGAUGCUCUGGUGGCGCUGUUGAACGAGGAUACUUAG